UAUAUUUUGGUGAAGCACACCGGGUUCCGUGGCGUCACGUUUUCCCACCGAGUUUGAACAGCAAAUAUCAACUGUUAAAUAUUUGUCUUAUUACAGCGACCGCGCUGUAUAUUUCAUUUAUUAUCUUAUAUCUUAUUUGUAUUUUUUCCUGUUACAUUUUAGCAACAGUGGAUUUAUCCGGCUAACAGACUCAGCGUGGCUGUGUUUUCAGACUUUAGCAUACAUACUCGAGUCUUUUCAUUUCCUUAUUGACAAUGGGCCAAAUAUUGUGAUGUUUAUUUACUUAUGUAAUAAUUUUGUGCGUGUUAUUUUUCUAAAAGUGACGGUAGCUGUUGUUUAUCUUUUCUAAUACCAUGGAGCAAGGCUCGAUGAAUGCUGCUGUCCGACUCACAGUGACUCAGUGUUUCCGGACUCUCGCUUCCUCCGCGGACCAUAAAGACGUAGUCGCUGCUCUUCAGACCCUUAACUCACACUUGGAUGAUGCAUCGCAGAGUAACACCACAUCGGCUCAGCGGGAGGAGUUCAGGAGAGUCCACUACAGUCGAACCCUUCAGUUUCUGGUCAGCAACAUCCACUCAGACUGGCUGCACAGCCUCUCAGCCGCACACCGCAGAGACUUGUGGGACGACCUGUUCGUCAAAGGUCCUCCCGACCAGGCCCUAUUGGUGUUGAUGGAUGCAAUAACAGAGCUGAGAUCGUCCGCAGGUCUGGACCACCUGGUCAGCAUCACUGAAAGGUUCCUUCAGAGUCAUCGUCUAGCUGACCUGCUGUGGUCCUACUGCCUCCGAUCAGCUCCCUCAGACUCCCCCCAGCUCAGAGAGACUUUGCUAGGUCGUAUAAGCGCGCUGCCGGACAUCACAGCCAACAAGUUGCAUCCCAACAUUAGACCCCUUUUCCUUCCCCAGCAGUAUUACUCACUUCUAGCGACAGAGAUGCUGACAGCGCUGGAGAGAACCUGCCAGACUCUCAGAGGCGGAACGGACUGUUCUCUGAGUUUUCUGGCUCAAACACUUGGAAAAGUGUGCAUCCAGGGGCACAGUGGCCCAGUUCUGGCCGUGAUGGCUCCUCGGCUGUCUGUCUGCACCCGCUCAGACAUGGUGUGGCAGAGGGUUUGUUGGAAGCUGCUGGAGAACGUUCCUCAGCGCUGGAUGGAGGUCGUUCUCACCGGGCUGGUGCAGGCUGUUAGUGGACCGGACGCUUUGAGCCGAGUUAUUGGAAAUCUAGCUCUAACAAAUAAAACGGCUCAGUUUAUCUUGACUCAUAAACUUCUGUUACUACAAUAUAAAUAUGAGACUCAAGUCUUGAAAACGAUACUGGGUUACCUGGCUGCAGACAGAGAUCGACGGCCGCUUCUUAUUCAGGUUGUGCGGUCUGUGUCGCAGGCCUGGGCGAACCCCAGUGCAGUAAAACACACUCCUGUAGAGCAGCAGCUUUAUGUCAGCAAAGCCUUCCUGCUGAGUGUGAGUCUGCUGAAGGACUCUGACCUACAAGAGCUUCGCUCAGAUUUGUUGCAGUGCAUGCUGGGUGGAAUGCAGAGCCACCUGGACAGCAGUGUGGUACGCAUCAGAAACAUGGGCAUGGUGGUAGGGGAGUGUGUGAGCUCCCACGUGGAUAUCAACGGAACCAAACUCAAGUUUGAGUAUGAAAAGGACGAGGAAACUCGAGAGCUGCUGUCUCUCAUGACUGCGAACACGUGUGAUGAGCCUGAGCUUGUGAAGGGGGCCGACUCACCUGAUGACACAGGACAAACCUCAACAUCGGCUCAGGAAUCGGUGUCACAAAACAAAUCAGACAAAACUAAUCCAGGCUCAGAUCUGGACAGCGAUGAUGACCUCACGCCGUACGACAUGUCUGCCGAUCAGAAAAUGAGUCGGGCAUCUUCUCCUCGUUACCUGCGUGACUGUCUGGAAAACCUAAUAUCCUCCGAUGACGCAGAGCGCGUGGAGCUGAGUUUGAGAGUUGCUGAGAGUUUAGUCAGGAGGAACGUCUUUGCAGCCAAGGAGAUUAGUGUUCAGAUGACCAAAGUGCUUCUUCACAUGGAGGAUAAAUUCAACACCAGUGGCUUCCUGCGUCUCAGACAGGCAACCAUGGUGGCUCUCACCGUCACUGACUGCGUUCCUGUGACUCAGUAUCUGACGACAGAGUUUUACUCCUUGAACUACAGUCUCCGCCAGCGGCUGGACAUCUUGGAGGUUCUUGCUCUAGCAGCUCAGGAGCUCUAUACUCCAAUCACGGACGCAAAAUUAUUAACCCCUGGCGCUGCUGCCUGCACCGAGUUGACUCGGCACCCGAAAAAUGACCCGGUUCACUGGAGACAAGCUGUAGAAAAAAGGAUUCAAAGCAAAACAAAAUGCAUCUCCAAGGGAGCCUCACAGCCUGCAGUUAAACCUUGUCCAAACCGUUAUGCUCCUGUUGCUGGAUACUUCUUCUUCCCUCUGCUCAGGAAUUAUGACAAGCCAGAGGUGACAUUUGACUUGCUGGGCAGUGACCACCUGGUACUGGGCAGGUUGAUCCACACUCUGGGUCUCUUUAUGCAUCUGGCUGUCAAUGCACCGAUGGCUGCACAGAUGGGUUGUGCUUUGCUGGACUUUGUGUGGGCAGUUCGGUACCAUGCUGACCAGAUGGUGAGAAGAGGCGUCCUCUUUGCUGUCUGCUCCGUCUUUCUGAGCAUGCCCAGUCAAAACAUACUGCUGGACCUCAGCGACCAGCUGUUUGAGACCAGAACUUGGCUCGCAGAUGUGGCUGAAGGAGACCCUGAUGCAGACUGCAGGAGUUUAGCCAUGCAGAGUCUGGUGCUGCUGGAUAAGAGCCUGAAGAAGCAGCUGCAAGAUCAACAGGCACAGAGUCUGGAGUCAUGAUCACAACACAGAGCAAUUAGAAUUGUGUCUACAGAGACGAACACUGGUGACGAGAGAUGAGCUUCAUAGAGACUAGAUAACUAUUGAUGUUGAAAGUUCUGCCUGAAGUUUAUUUCCUGACGCAAAGGUCUGGUCUGCCAAAAAUGGAUGGUACUGGUUAUGUGCUGAAGGCUGUUCUUUGAGCUCAAAAUCUGCUACUGCAGGUGUUUCAGUAUUUUACACAUCCUGAAACAAUUAGCUCACCAGUGGGGACAAAGAUACGUUCAUGAGAACCUACAUAUUCACCACUUUGUACGUGUUAAGAAGUAUUUAGUUUGUUUAAAUCUUUGGAUUUUUGAGUGAAAAACCCACAUGGUGUCCCUUUUGCCCAGAAUUGUUUUAAGUAUUAAAAUUUUAAAUGACUUAAACAUA